AGGAGUGAAGCUUCCAUGCUGGAAACAUCCCCGGGGCUCUCUCUAGCUCUUGUGAUCUCUCUUCUCACAGCACUUGGUAUGUGGCUCUCUGAGCUGUCCCUAGCACCGCUCCCUGAUGGGUUCUGCCAUCUGUCCCACACCAGGCUUGGAAGGUGGGGUCAUUUCCUGGCUGCAAGAAGGUAAUAAAACUGUUCCCAGAUAAGAGGCUCGCUCAGAACAGUUAUGCCAAAUGUAGCGGGAGGCUGGAAGCCGGAGGAGAUCCUGAGUCCACAGAAGAAAGCUGCCAGGCCUGCCCAGAGGGGGAAGAAGCCAGAGAGGGGAAGAGGGCUGCCUACUUGCUUCCUGCACAAUGUUCUGGGUAAGCAGAGCAAGGCUGUUAGUCUUCCUGGUGCUCCCAUCUCUAGCUUUCCUCUUCUUCCAGCAGUUGUCCAGCCCCAGUCACUGUCCUGACGUAGCAGAGAAGUCAAGCCCUACACAUGUGUUGAUCUUGUCCUCGUGGCGCUCUGGCUCCUCCUUUGUGGGCCAGCUCUUCAGCCAGCACCCAGAUGUCUUUUACCUGAUGGAGCCAGCCUGGCAUGUGUGGAUGACCCUCUCCCUUGGCAGUGCUGGGCAGUUGCAGAUGGCCGUGAGAGACUUGAUUCGUUCAGUCUUUCUCUGUGACAUGACUGUCUUUGAUGCUUACAUGGCCCAGGGUCCAAGGAAACAGUCCAGCUUCUUCAUGUGGGAAACUAGUAGGGCUCUGUGUUCCCCACCUGCAUGCCAUCUCUUUAAUAGAGAGGCCAUCAUCCCCUCAGCUGACUGUAGGAUCCUGUGUGGCAAGCAGCCCUUCAACAUGGUAGAAGAAGCCUGUAAGUCCUACAGUCAUGUGGUGCUCAAGGAGGUGCGCUUCUUCAACCUGAUGACCCUCCAGCCACUGCUGACCGACCCCUCCCUCAACCUGCACAUCAUUCACCUUGUGCGAGACCCCAGGGCUAUGUUCCGCUCUCGGCAAAACACAGAACUGGAGCUGAUGCACGACAGCCAUGUUGUCAUGGGGAAGCAGUGGAAUAAAAUGAAGAGUGAGGACCGGCCCUAUCACUUGAUGCAAGCCAUCUGCCAAAGCCAACAGGAGAUCUAUAAGGCGGCACAGUUGUUACCAGACUCCCUACGAGAACGCUACCUGCUAAUACGCUAUGAGGAUGUGGUGCGGGACCCACUGACCCAAACUUCCAAACUAUAUGAAUUUGCAGGGUUACCCUUCCUGCCUCAUCUCCAAGUCUGGGUGCAAAACAUCACACAGGGCAAGGGCAUGGGAGGGAAUGCCUUUGACACAAACUCCAGGAAUGCCCAAAGUGUCUCCCAGGCCUGGCGUUGGGCCUUACCACAUAACAAGGUAGUCCAGUUACAGAAAAUUUGUAAAGAUAUCAUGAAUCUGAUGGGUUACCUUCCUGUGUUGUCUGAGAAAGACCAGAGAAAUUUAUCAACGAAUCUUCUAUCUCCUCCUGAGAUCCCCUAAAGCUGAGCAACCAAUGAGUUGAAUGAGGGUCUGGUUUUGUGCAAUGGCUAUGGUCAGCUGAAUGCUGUUGGGUCUAACUAUGUUUCUCUAUGGGUAUACAUGUGAACAUGCUGUUGUAUGUGACUGCAUGUGACCAAAGGACACUCUGCUUCCUGACUCUAUGCCUUGGCACUGGCUUCCUCCUUGCAUGGAAUGUGUCCCUCUUUACAUCUGCCUCUGAGCAUCCCUGGGCUUCCUAAAAAUAGCUCAAGCCUCACUUUCUGAAGGAGAUCCUUCCAGAUCCCUCAAGUAGUUAGUACCUUCCCCUCCAAGGGUGCCUUGUAUCUACUUUGCAGGUAUACACACACACACACACACACACACACACACACACACACACACACACAAACUGAAGGCCCUAGUAGUAUGUUUUUUCCACCCACUGUGCCUCAAGAUUAUGAGAUGAAAAUCCUUUUAGUCAGCCAGCUUUAAGCAGCUUUUUGUUGUAGUUAUUGUUGUUAAGUUGUUUCAGUCUUGUCCAACUCUAUAUGACCC